CAUGGACGACUUCAUCAAUGGUCCCCGCCAGCGCUCGGACAGCAUGAGCAGCUCAGCGUCUCAGAGCUCCAGGUCCAAGACGCUUCUCCGCCAGCGUCUGUCUCAGCUGCUCACCUGCAUAGAGGACAUGAGCUCUGACGAUGAGGCCAGUGAAGAGGUUUCCCGCACGCUAGAUGAAGCCUUUCAGCUGUGUGGGCGCUACAUUCCCUCAGAUGCGUUCAGGCUGCACAUGGUGACCUGGAACGUUGCCACAGCGGAGCCCCCUGAAGACGUCACCGCUUUGCUGCAGCUAGACGUCCAGCCCCCCGCAGACCUCUAUGUGAUCGGCCUGCAGGAGGUGAAUGCCACUCCAGUGAGAUUCAUCUCUGACCUGCUGGUGGAGGACUCCUGGAGCCAUGCCUUCAUGGAUACACUGGCACCCAGAGGCUUCGUUAAGGUCACAUCAGUGAGAAUGCAGGGUUUGCUGCUGCUGGUUUUUGCCAAACAGGCUCAUCUCCCCUUCAUCAGAAACAUCCAGACCACCUACACUCGCACUGGCAUCUUUGGCUACUGGGGUAACAAAGGAGGAGUGUCCGUGCGUUUCUCCUUCUACGGUCACAUGGUGUGUUUCCUCAACUGCCACCUCGCCGCUCACAUGAACUACGCUCUGCAGCGUGUCGAUGAAAUUGAGUACAUCCUUGAGAACCAAGAGUUUGACAUGUCGGACACGCCCUACGUCCGUGACCACAAGGUGGUGUUCUGUUUUGGCGACCUGAACUUCCGUAUCUCAGACCACGGAUUGCACUUCCUCCGCUCGUCCAUCAACGGCGGACGUCUUCAUUUGCUGUGGGGCAAAGACCAGCUCAUCAUGAUGAAGAAGAAGGAACCUUUCCUACAGGAAUUUGAGGAAGGGCCAUUAAACUUCAAACCCACCUACAAGUUUGACCGUAACUCUGACACCUAUGAUACCAGUGGCAAGAAGAGGAAACCAGCAUGGACAGAUCGGAUCCUGUGGCGCAUCAAGCCCAAAACUCCUCCAUCAGGGGAUUUUGAUGAUGAUGAGAUGGCGUCGACAUCUACUGAUGAAGAAAUCGAUGAGUACCCACUCCUGGUCACACAGGACAAAUACACCAGUGACAUGAGCUAUGGGGUCAGUGACCACAAGCCUGUCAUUGGAACCUUCAGCUUGGAGCUGAGGAAGCGCCUUGACACCUCACUCGUGCACAUUUCUCCUCUGGGUGUAUGGAGCGCCGACCAGGAUGCACUUCUCACUUACACUGUCCAAGAGGACUUUGAGUCCUCCACAUGGGACUGGAUUGGCCUCUACAAGGUGGGAUUCAAGAGCGCGUCCGAUUAUCAAACCUUUGUUUGGGUCAGAGAGGUAGACCUGCCUGAAACAAAUGAAGUCAUACAGAUAUCUGUGGAUAAGGACGAGGUCCCUCUGCUUGGUGGACAGUAUGUUUUGGGUUAUUACAGCACCAAUUUGCAGAGCAUCAUUGGCCUCAGCGCUAACUUCCAGAUCCUGGAGUCAAAGCGUGCCGUCAUGGAAGGCCUCGUUCCUGAGAACAGCAACGGGAUUGACAAAUAAAGAUAUAAUCAGCCUUGUGCCACGUCUAUACCUCUCCCAAGAAAUGUUUAAAAGAAAAAAAUCAAACGUAAAAAAAAAAAAAUGCCCCAAGAUCAAGUCCAUCGUUUACUGGUGAAGAAGCCGAGAAUGACAACCACAGAUUGUGUUCUUCUGGUAACUUCAACUUGUUGUUUCCAGCUUUGCCUUUAAGGGGUUCACAUUACGUAGAGCUGACUCUUGCUGGAAUCGUUUUUUUUUCUACAAAGAAAGCUUAUCGCUGUAAUGAGUCACUAGACAAGCGUAUCCACAGGCCCUCUCUGCAUGUUACAGCAGAAACUACAGGCCAAAACAAUGUGUGUGAAAGUAGUGGACAUGCACUGCAGGUCAUAACAGGUCUUAGAGAAGUUAUAUUUUUGAGAUUGAUUUGAAUGUUUUAUUUUUGUCUACAGUGCAGAGGGUUGUACAAUACAAAGUAGAGGGAAUGCUAUGUUGAUGCGGGCCAUCUGAGGUAACAAUGCAGAAAGAUGCUACGUGUAUUUGACUUUUGAAGUCUUGCUAUUCUUAUUUUGAACAACUAUUGUGGGAGAAAGAUUGAACAUAGGGGAUGGGGAUGUUGAUGUAGACUGCAGUCAGUUAUGAUUAUAUUCAGAAUAUUCUUAAUGUAUAUGUGAUUAUAUAAGCCUAAUGUAUACCCCAAAAGGCUCUAAAGUAGGGAGCAAAAUCAGAACAAUAUUAUAUUUUGUAAUGAAGAAGGACUAAAGAGUUUCUAAAGACUUUGAUUAUUAUUCAUCUCAGUUGUUCAUCCCACAUGAAUGUUUGGCAGGAUGCCUUUAUAUAUUCAAACGCAAAGUGAUGAUUGUUGUUCAAAUAAAAUAAAAGUAUCACAUUUCUGUGUUUUGUGUGUAAGCAUGCUUAAGUGAAAUCAUGUUCUUUGGUUGGGUGAUUGAUGUAUUGAUUGAUAGAGUGGCCAAUAUCACAGCAGCAGAACAUAAUCUGUACAUGUGUACGUGUAUUGGCAUUACGUUCUUCAUUAUCAAAAUGAAAUAAAUGAAGGAGAUACUUCUUAAA